UGUUUCCGGGAGCGCGGACGCGUGCAUGAGCAGAGGGGUGUCGGGAGCGCGCAUUGUGGCUCUGUGAACUGCAGCUCUUCGUCUCGUGCAUAAGCUUUCCUGCGCACUCCUGUACUAGGAACUGAGCAAGGAUAGAAAAAAAUGGAUAGAGUUCUGGGACUUGCCAUUGUGUGGAGUAUCUUGUGCGAUGGAUCUGUGUGGGGGAAAUACGUCAAGGGUGUCGUGAACACCAAAGAGGACUGGGUGUUUCUGACGAGGUUUUGUUUCCUCACUGAUUUUGGCAGACUGGACUUCAAGUUCCGUUACCCAAAGUCACGCUGCUGUCAGAACAUAUUGCUGUACUUUGAUGAAAGCUCGCAGUGGCCAGCUGUAUACAAGAGGCCAGACAAGGACUGCUAUCAGAAAGAGGCAGUCCUGAGGCCAGAAAACAACCAAGUCAUUAACCUUACCACCCGAUACACCUGGUCUGGAUGUGUGGUUGAAGAAGAGGAUGAUGAAGAAGUCCUCAGCUGUGUCGGAGGGCGUAGCUUUCGUUCAGUCAGAGAGAGAUGGUGGUAUAUUGUGCUCAGCAAGUGUGGGGGCGGAGGGUUACAGCUGGAGUAUGAGAUGAAGCUAACUAAUGGCCAGUCUUUCUGGAAACAACAUUUUUCUGCAGACGAGUUUGGAAUUCUGGAAACAGACAUCACCUUCUUGGUUAUAUUUGCCAGUGUAUUUUCUCUCUCCUGCUAUUUUGCAUAUAACCUGAAAGGAAGGCAGCUACUCCAUACCACAUAUAAGAUGUUUAUGACUGCAGCUGGAGUCGAGGUUCUCAGUUUGCUCUUCUUUUGUAUCUAUUGGGGCCUGUAUGCCAGAGAUGGAGUUGGAAAUGGGUGUCUAAAGAUACUCGGAAAAUUACUCUUCUCUGUUAGUUUCCUGAUCUUCCUCCUGAUGCUGAUUCUCUUGGGGAAAGGCUUCACUGUCACAAGAGCAAGAAUAAGUCACAGUGGCUCUAUCAAGCUAUCUAUCUACAUGACCAUCUAUACAAUUACCUACAUCAUCCUCUUCAUAUAUGAAGCUGAGUUUUUUGACCCAGGUGAAGUACUAUAUGCUUAUGACAGUCCCGCUGGAUAUGGGCUGAUGGGCCUCCAGCUGCUGGCAUAUGUGUGGUUCUGCUAUGCUGUGCUGGUGUCUCUUAAGCAUUACCCAGAGAAACAGCCAUUCUACAUCCCUUUCUUUGCUGCAUACACUCUCUGGUUUUUCGCUGUACCAGUCAUGGCUCUUAUUGCGAACUUUGGCAUAUCUCGAUGGGCCCGGGAGAAGAUUGUCAAUGGUAUUCAGCUCGGCAUCCACCUCUAUGCCCACACUGUCUUUUUAAUCAUCACACGUCCAUCAGCAGCUAAUAAGAAUUUCCCUUAUCAUGUGCGAACAUCACAAAUUGGUAUACUACUGUCGAGCCCUAAAGAGAUGGGGGCAGAAAGUUUCCCUCAUCAUGCGUACGGGAACAGCACCUUCUUGGGAGACUCUCAGCCUAACUUCACUGAACUCUUCUCCAUCCAGUCAGUCUCUGUGAAAAAUAUAAAUGAGGCCAUGGGAUGGAAGGGACAAGAUAUGGCUUUGAACACUGAGCAAAAGAUCAUCACCACAUCAUCACCGGUCGACUUUUCAACAACAUUUACUUCUGCUAUGCCAACGACCAGCUCUGCUCUCUCACCUCCUCCAAGGCUAUCCUCUCAUUUUACUGAAUAUUUCAGCAUGCAGGGCAGAACAGUCUCUCAAGCGUAGUGAAGUAGACUUAGGUCUUUGGGAUCAUCCCAAAGUCAGCUUUGCAGUGAUUUGGGGAAAAACAGAAUAUUACAUUUGACUUUCUGCAAAGAGGAUGCGCACCAUGAUUUGCAGAAGAGCUAUUAGGAGGAGAUAUGAAGUGCUAAAUAAAAAGCAAUAAAUAUUUCAGCCAGAUUAAGGUGACUCCUGAGAGGACAUUUUGGUUGUACAUAGCACAGUAUAAUACGAAUGUAAGAUAUUCAGUAUGCAGAGUUUUAAGAUACAGAUAUUUUAUGUGUAAAUGUAUAGAAGUGUAAGAUUUUUUAAGUGUAAAAAGUUUUUUUUUUGUUUACAUACAUAUUUUCCAAGUGGUGCUGUUAAUAUUUGCAUUUUCAUGCCAUUUUGUUUGAACUGAAAUGGAGUAUUCAGUACUCCAAAGGCAACAAUUCAUUGAAUAAUCUCAUGUUUCAGUGUGUUUGUUGUACAUUAUAGACACUAAAUGGAUCUUUUAUGAAAAAUUGCCUACAUGGGAUUAACAUAGGUAAUAAGAACUUCUUAGAAAGGGGAAGAAAUACAUUCUCUAGUUCAAUACCUGCAAUAAUUGCCUUUAGUAUUUUUAAUGCAUGUUGCUUAUAAACUACAGUAAAUCCUAAAUUCAUUUUAGUUUUGCUUUGGUGCACCAGGAGCAAGUUGCCCUGCCUUGUCUACUAUUAGUUCAAAUCCUUAGGCAAGAAAUGGCAAACUAGGAAUAAUAAAAACAAUCUAGGCACAUCAUUAUGAAGGCAGUUUAAAAGUAUUAAUUAAUUCAGUAUUUUAAUAGGGUACAGUAAAUUUGUGGAUGUCCAUUUUUUUUGCCUUCUGUAAUAGAAGUUAUAUUUACUGCAUGUCAGACAAUUCAACACACGGUUAUUGGUGAAGUUAUUUGGCAUAGUCAAGUAACUCUCCUUUAACUGAGACUAUGGCACAUUUUAUGUUUCACAGCAGAUUUUAAUAAAAAAAAUUAUUUAUGUA